UCACAAAUUUUUCUGCCGCGAACAAUGAAACAACAAAAUUUUGUCGAAUUUUUUUCUGAAUUCAGAAAAGUCCGUUGAUAUAUCCCCACGAAAAUAUCCAUAUUGAUAUAUUUGCAAAAAAGAAGAACACUCAUUAUAUUGUCAAAAAAAAAUAGACAUCAAAAUUCGAUAAAUCAAUUUACAUUCAACGUUGCAAGUGGCACGGGGAAAAGAUGGCGAAAAGUUUCGGUAGUGCGUGCGCGCAAAUUGCAAUUCUCCUUACGCUAUACGGUGCAAUUGAGAUAACGUCGGCAAGGUCCAAUCCGGAUGCUUAUUAUCCCCUCGACACGAAGCUCACAUUCAUCAAUGCCCACGAUGUGGUGCGACUGCCAGCGGCGGGGGAGCACGCUGUGAAUCGUCAGAAGCGUGCGGCGCCCGAUGGGGCAGCGGUAGACUUGUCGGCGGCAGCAGCGUCAUCAGCAGCAGCAUCAGUGGCACAACCGGCUGGCAUAACGCCGGAUGCCAAGAGUCAGUAUCAGAGCGUCAAUGUGAAUACCAGCGCGGAGACAACACUUACCACCGUCGACAGCAAGACGGGUGCGGGCGCAGCGGGUGGCAGUGUGUCCUACAAUGUGCACAAUGUGGGCGUCAAUGGUACCGGACAGCGCAAGGACUACAGUGUCCAGAAUGCCGAUGGAUCGUCGAAUACCGCCGCCACCGGCACCACCAUCAAUGUGUCCGCCAAGAAGCCCACGCAGCUGAUGGGCACCCAAUCGCAGUAUCCCAAGAAGGUGGCCGCCUCCUCGCCGAUUGUGCCGCUGCAAAUGCCGGUGCCGCUGCCGGCUGGCGCGGCCAGCAACUCAACGGACUGGCCGGAUGUGGAUGUGGCGGAUGUGGAUGUCUCCGAGGAGGUGAUCAACAAGGGCAUCAUCAGCGAGCAUCUCAACCGCACCGAGGACCAUCACGAGUACUACAACAGCACGCUGUACAUCAAUAAGGCGGAGGCGGCAGCGCUGUGGGCCCAGCUGCGCACAGUGCCCGAGAAUAGUAUGCUGUCCUCGUCGCAUCGUCGCGCCAUGACCGUUGAGCUGCAGUUCGAUUUCCCCUUCUAUGGGCAUUAUGUGCGCAACAUAACCGUGGCCACCGGCGGCUUCCUGUACACCGGCGAGUAUGUCCACUCGUGGCUGGCCGCCACCCAAUAUAUUGCACCACUGAUGGCCAAUUUCGAUACGAGCAUGUCCUCCGAUUCGGUUGUGCGUCUCCACGACAAUGGUACCGCCUUUACGGCCGUCUGGGAGAACGUGAGGCUGCAGGAUAAGCCGGAUUAUGGCAAGUUCACGUUCAGCGUGACCCUACACCAGAGCGGGGACAUUGUGUUUGGCUACUUCCAGGUGCCCACGCAAAUCAACUCCAUACAGGACAACCAGCAUCCGGUCAAAGUGGGCCUCUCGGAUGCCUACAUCAUUGACAAGCAACUCUACUUUGCCCGGCGAAAGACCAUCUAUGAGUACCACCGCGUGACGUUCCAGCAGAAGGAAAUCACCAAUGACACCAUCAUCAUACUGACGGCCCUGCCCACCUGCCUCGGCUACACCGACUGCCAGGCGUGCAUUAAUCAUAACACAACCUUUGCCUGCUCCUGGUGCCCGGCGCUGAAUCGCUGCUCCACGGGCACCGAUCGCAAGAAGCACGAAUGGAUUCAAAAGGGCUGCGAUACAGCGGCCAUUCAUGAUGCUGGCACUUGUCCGGCACUCGGCGGAAAGGGCAACAAUGCCGGGCAGGAGAAGGCCGGCACUGCGAGCAGCUCGUCCACCGCCUCACCAGCCAGCUCUGCGGCAACGGAGCCAACGCUGAGCAGCACGCGGGCACCGCGGGCAACGGCUCAAACCAAGACAGAUGCCAGCAGCAGUGGCAGCAGCGGCAGCAGCAGCAGCAGCACGGCGGAAGGGAAGCUGAUGAAUGCCGAUGAGCUGUCCCAGGCGCAGGCCGAGAACAAGAGCGUGGGCAUGGCAUUUGGCUUCAUGGUGCCCAUUUGCAUGGUGUUUGCCGUGACGCUGUGGCUCUUCUAUGCGUACCGCAAUCCGCACACGAAGAGCGGUCAGCUUUUAAUUCAGUCCAAGCAUUUGCAUCAGUUCCGUCCCAGCCAGUGGUCUUGGAGGCGCGGCGAGGCGCGCUAUACUGCAGCCACGAUACACAUGUAAAGGGAGUGUGAGACAUGUACACCAGAGAGAGAUGACAGAAGCGCGACAGACACAGUGACAGCGGCAGAGAUGGAGAGAAAGAGAGAGAGAGAGAGAGAAGAGAGAAGAGAUCGCAUGAGAGAGAAAAAGAGAGUUGCAGCAAAAACGACAGACAAAAAUGUUGAUCGAAAACCAGAAACCGAAACUCCCUCCCAAUCCCACCCCGAAAAUCAAACGUAAAAACAAACAACAAAAAUAACAAACAAUUGGGCAAUGGAUAUUUGUUGCUUGAUCACGCGGAAAAGACAAAUUGAAAAUAAUUAGAACUGAUUUUAGACAUUUUUCGGCAGAGAAGUAAAAUAAAUUAGGCAAGGCAAAGGCAAGACAGAAAUGGAAACAUAACCCCAAUACCCCCUAGUCCCCAAUCCCUCCUCAAUCCCCACCCCCCAACCGAAUUGCUCAAAAAAGACGACUGGCAACAGCAUGAAGUGAUGGAUCCUUUAGUGUUUGUUUUUUCGGUUCUGUUUUUAACAGAAAUUACUCCCAAGACCCCUCCACAAGAUCCCAGCACACACUCUUACGUACUCCAACAACAACAACAGCAACACACACACACACACACACACACACACACACAGGGCAAAGUGCUUUCAAUUGUUUUCCUAGUUCAAUUUUUUUAGGUCUCUUAUUAUAUGUUUUAUUUAAUGCUUUUUUUAACCCUUAACAAAUGAGAAGCAAGCGAUCGAUGGAGUGAUAUUGCAGCAGAGAUCGAGGGGCAGAGUUUUAUAUAUGUAUAUUUUAUAUUGUAUAUUUUGUUUGUGCCGCAGCGUUCCUCCACAACUUCGUGUAUUUCGGAUUUCGUUACGUUUCUUUGACAACAACAAAUAACGAGAGACAGACAGACAGACAGACAGACAGAGAGAGACAGAGAGAGAGAGAUAAAUGUUUCUAAAGUGUGUGUUUUUAGUAGUGGCUUGGCGCAUAAGGACAUAACAAUUAAUCGCACCGAAUGAAUGAUGAAUGUAUUAUUGUGAAACGCUGAAAGAAAGAACCAAGAACCUUGAUGCCAAUUUUUUUUUUAUGUGUAUAUUUUUGGUAUUGUCUAUAUUUUGUAUUAUACGCGAUUUGUGUGCCGCAAUCGUAUGGAUAGAUACACUUGCAUAUUGUAUUUAUAUUCAGCAAUAUUAAUAUCCGUGGAUAUAUACAACAUACACACGAGACGACCUCUUCUUUUUGUUAGUAUUUUUUUCUAUUAACUAAUAUUACAGAUAAAACGAAAGCAAAACAAAUCUAAAGGUACAUAUAUAAAGAGAAGGAAAGGAAAGAGAAAAGAGAAAAACAUAAGCUUAAAACUAUAAAACUAAACACAAACAAAAUGCGGUGUGCAAAGCUAAAACUAAAAAUCCAUUCAAAUCGAUCACUAAGCGAAACCCAUAACUAUAUCAAAACAAAAACAAAAACAAAAAUCAAAAUCAAAUGAUGUGAACUGAAACAAAAUGAGAAAACACCGUCAAAUGAAAAUUGAGAUCAUCCCCCAAGCACACAAGCGACAACAACUAAGGAAAUUGUAUAACAAUGUAUUUUGAUAAAGAAAUUAAAUUUGUAUUUUAAGCUCUUAUUAUGUAUACAUGAUAAUUUAAAUAAAAACAAAACACACAAAAAUUA